AUGGGCUUUUUACCGUCGUCGCGGCCCCUCGAGCUGAGAGGUCGCCACCAUGAAGAUUUACCACUUCAUGCCAAAAUACGCGACCUUUUCUCCAAUGCUCCAACAAAUGACCAUGUAAAAGUUCAUUUUGUGGAAAAGAUUUGGCCAGAGAUCGAGAGUGGUUAUGCAUUGUUGAUGCGAGAGAUGAGAGAGUAUUGCACUCGCCACGUCAAAGUUCCUCACACAGUGACUGGUCGGGUGAAAUCUCGCGAGUCGAUUGAAGAGUCCAUCGCACGUCGAGAAGAAUAUCGAAUAACUCACGGAAAAGGCCUCUACGUCACACUUCACGAAAUAUUAGACGAUAUGCAUGAUCUAACGGGCAUUCGGAUUACUGUUGAUUUUCUCUCUGACACUGAGCCGGCCAACGAAUUUAUUAGGAGGACCUUUCAGCAAACAAAGGAUUCAAAUAUCUUCCCUCGGCAUCGCAGUGUUGGAAAGGACUGGAAGGCAUUAUUUGGCGCCUAUGAGAGUACGAACCAUCAUGUCACGGUCAGGUCUGAUCUUCCUGAUAUAUCCCAUAAAUUUGACAACGUCUGCUUUGAGAUUCAAGUCACAUGUCUAGCAGAGAGCCUUUACAAUAAGCUGGCUCAUCCUCUACUGUACAAGGAAAAUUACGGUCGCAUCUCACGGAAGGAGGAGAUGGUCAUUGAUUUGAGUCACGGAAUUGCGCUCUGUUUCUCUAUUUGUCAUUUGCUGAUGCAAGACAAAUUGGAGGAUCAAGCGAAGUCUAUAGACGAACCUGGUCUGAGAGAUGCGAUAAUAUGGGCGUCAGAUGACCCUGAAAGUGAACCUUCACACGAAGCUAUGGAUGCUUUGGCAAAGCUCACACCAGAAGUCAUUUCAGAGAAAGCUCAGGAAAAUAACGGCUUCACAUUAUCUGAGUCUCCUAAGGACGUCAAUUCCAACGGAGACCUCUGGACGUCCUUCGUUGAGAAAAUAGAAAACUAUGACUUGGGCUUCGCAGAGGUCAAAAUGGCUAUAGAGAACCAGACAGAAACGCUUCGUCAAUUUCAACUGGAUGAAAGGGACAAACAAUGUCUGUGCGACUUGCUUGUUAUCAACCCUGAGGACCACAAAGCACUCAUAGAGCGCACAAAGGGUGGACUAUUAGAGGAUGCCUACCGCUGGAUCCUACGCCACGAAACCUACUGCAGAUUUCGACGAGAUCAGGAAAGGCGCCUUCUAUGGAUCAAGGGAGACCCAGCCAAAGGAAAGACAAUGCUUCUCUGCGGCAUAAUCGAUGAACUGAAGAAGGAAACUACACAGCCAAUCGCCUAUUUCUUCUGCCAAGCGACGCAGGAACAAAACCAAAGAAGUGCUCCAACAGUACUUAGAAGCCUGAUAUGGUUGCUUUGCCAACAACGGCCAGAAUUGGUUCUAUAUAUCCGCGAGAGCUAUAGUGUUCAAGGGAAGAAGCUCUUCGAAGGCCCAUAUGCGCUAAGCGCCCUGGAAAAAUUCCUUCGCGUCAUGCUCUGCGACCCGGUUUUAGCAAGCGCCGUCUUUGUCAUUGAUGCCUUGGAUGAAUGCUCUGAUGGUGAUAGACGUGACAUUAUUCGUCUCAUCAUCGAGCUUUCUGGCAUAUUCGAUGUAAAAUGGCUGUUUUCAAGCCGAAACUGCCCUGACAUUGAAGAUCAGUUUCGAAAUGACUGCAGCGAUAUCGAGGUGUCUCUCGAAUUGAAUAAGGCUCCCAUUUCCACGGCAGUGAAGUAUUUUAUAGAGAAAAAAGUAGAUCACUUGGAGCAAAUUAAGAGGUAUGAUCCCAAGCUGAAACAGAAUAUUUUCGAAACUUUACAGUACAAGGCUAGCGACACUUUCCUUUGGGUGGCCUUGGUGUGUGAAGAACUAGCACGCCCCGAGACUAGGCGCUACUAUACGAUGCAAAAGCUUAGAGAAAUGCCGCAAGAGCUGAGCGACCUGUAUGAGCGGAUGAUAGAGCAGAUCUUUGCCAGUAAGCAUGGGAAUAUUCUAAAACAGAUCCUUGCUACUGCAUGCACCUCCUUCCGCCCACUGGCGAUUAAUGAGCUCUAUACACUGGUUACAGAACUAAAGGAAGUUGGUAUUAGACUUAAAGAUUUCGGCGUUGUAGUCAAGGACUGCGGCUCAUUUCUGACAACGCAUGAAAGAACUGUCUACUUUGUGCAUCAAACAGCCCAAGACUUUCUGGUCAAAUCAAUGAGGAUAUUGACAGACGGGAUCCCACAUCAACACUUACACAUGUUUAAACGCUCUCUAGCUGUUCUGAAAGGCCUUGAUAAGAACAUUUAUAAUCUCGAAAACCCCGGGGCGCUUAUCGAAGAGAUUACGGUGCCUCGUCUUGACCCAUUAGCUGGUCUAGAAUAUCCAUGUGUUUUCUGGGUGGACCAUUUGGAGAAAGUCCCAAACUGGUGCACGCGGACAGGACAAGAAAUCGAGGUUUUUUUCAGGGGCCAACUCUUGAGCUGGCUGGAAGCUGCGUCUUUACUGAAGAAAGUGCCAGAGGCGGUGAGAGCAGUGAAGAAGUUAAAAUCUAUCAUCGGCGAGCAAAGGAAUCAAAGCUUGAAUGAUCUCGCUGAAGAUUCGCAGAGAUUGGUGUUUUCUUUCCAGCAAGUAAUCGAGAUGGCACCUCUCCAAGUCUAUGGAUCAGCUCUGGUGUUCAGCCCCAUGAGCAGUUUUGUCAGGCAAAACUAUCAAGAAGAAGAGAUAACAAGAGUGAAAAUAUCUUCCGGCUUACCUAUAGCUUGGGACGCUGUCUGCGCGCACACACUGCAAGGUCAUAUGGGAACUAUAAACACCGUGGCGUUUUCCCAUGAUGGUUGUGAAAUAGCUUCUAGCUCUUACGACGCGACUGUGAGAAUCUGGGACACGUCUUCAGGCCAAUGCGUUCAGAAGCUGAGCUUUUCUCCACGAGCAGUGGGUAUGUCUUUCUCUCAUGACAAGCAGUUGCUCGCGAUUGCUUCGGAAUAUGUCAACCAUCCCAUUAAAAUAUGGGAACUUCGGGCCCAAGAGUUUGCGCAGGAUAUUAUUAUAAACGGCGAAAAAAGUACCAGGUGGGUACAGUUUUCGCCACAACGCAAUGAGUUAUUGAUCUUCCUAGAUGAGGGAGUUACUCAGAGUGUUGAGGUUUGGGAUUUGAGCACGUCAAGCUGUGUCCGCACGAUCAAUACGAGCUGGUCUACAGAUGGUCGAAAAUUAGCUUCGACACCUUCUGCUGAUUAUCAGGAGGUCACGGUGUGGAAUCUGAACACCGGUAACCGUCUCCUGGAGUUCGAGGACAGACACCCGGCUUCAUUUUCUGCCACUGAUCCAAGCUUGCUUGCCUUGCGCUUUAAAGAUAAUAAAGAGAACAAGAUCGAAGUUCGGAGCACUGAAACAGGGGAGUGUAUACAUAGAUUUCCGAUUGACGACUUGAUCACAUAUGGUCUUCUUUGCUUGGGAUCUACAUUUCUCGCAUCGGCCGGAUACCGUUCCCAAAGAAUAAAAAUUUGGACCUUCGCGGGAGCUUGCACCCAAACUCUUUCUGGCCAUUCAAAACGGAUUAGCGACCUCGCAUAUUCACCAAGCAAACGGUUACUUGCCUCGGCAUCAGAAGACCGCACUGUCAGGCUCUGGGAUAUGUCAAUGGAUAAGCCAAUUGCACAGGAGACUGAGGACCGCCAGGCCCUCGUGUCUUCCCUCAAUUUCUCAAACAACCAGCGGUGGCUUGCAUCAGCGGCGAUUGAAAAAGCCUCGGAUGGCGGCAAUUGUUUCAGCGUUAAAAUCUGGGACGUAGCCACCCAGAUUUGCAUUCACACAAUGUCCGGUAGUGGAAAUCUCGGGAGAGCAGACCUGAUCCACCUGUUUUUUUCACAGGAUGAUCGGUGGUUUGCUUGCACCACUGAGUCCACCCUUAAAAUAUGGGACACAUCUAAUUGGGGUUGGAUCUUGAAUAUUAAAAAUAGGUACAUCCUUGACUUUUCAUUUUCCUCAAAUGGUUGCUAUGCUGCAAUACUCGAAGAAGUGUUUCUCGAGUCGUUGUUCAGUAGGAUCCGAGUAUGGGAUCUCCAUGCAAAGGCCCGUAGCUAUACCAUCAAUCUAGAUGAAAUCAACACAAGGCUCCUCGAGUUUUCUGGAAAUGGCGAAUGGAUUGCGGUGGCUUUUUCGGACAAGCUUAGAAUCUAUAGCCUAAAGUCGCCUGCCAUGAUGCUCUCAGCCAAUAUUUCGGACAUCCAGGUAUUACAGGCCGCUUCAUGUACCGAUUUGAGGUUCUCCACCAACAUCGGAACUGUAUACAAAGAAGGGGACGAUGACCUUCAGAUAAACUCCAGCGACACGUGGCACUCAAAAACCUUCAACAAUUAUAGUAUCAGUGAAGACAGCGAAUGGGUUUUCAAAGGCGAUGAAAGGAUUCUAUGGAUUUCCCCUGAUUAUAGGUCAUCAAUAGCAGUUACAUCCUCAUUGCUAGCAAUGAGCAGCCCUUCAGGGGGCAUAGUAUGGGGAAAACUACCUUAA